GAGGAGUAUUACAAGGAACAAAGGAUAGUGAAAGCUGAAGAGUGGGAUUCGUUUAUGGAGUUUCAGAGUUUUUUUGACUAAGUGGCCUCUGUUUUUGAUUCUUCAGUGGUCAAUUUUGUGAUGGGAUUUGAUUGAAAUUGUUUUUGAUGCUCACUCUUUAUCUUAGUUAUGAUGCAUUUUGUGAUUCCUAGACAUGUUAACAAAAUAGUAUUGAGCCUUUGAACUUUUGAAACAGAGCCUGACUAUAUAUCAUUGAAGCUUUGUCUUUUACGCCUUUUAAAAGGAAGUUGGCUUUUGGGGUGUACAUCAACACUUAAUGUUUGGUAUCAUUGUUGAGACCUUGAGGACAAGAUGGUUCUCUUAGGGGUGAGUAAGGUAAUAUGGAGAAGGGCUGUCUAUGAUGCAGAGAAGAAGAAGAUGAACAGUGUAGACAGUGCGCGAAAGGGUAAAAGGAGAAGCAGGAGAUGGUUAGUGCAACCACAGUUACAUGGGUUUAGGAUCUUUACUGGCGACAAGGGACCUUUUGAUCCAGGAGGAGCUGAUUGUGUGUAUGAGCUGGUUAGAGUAUGGAGGCUAUUUGAGAAGCCUCAUGGAACUUGUUUGAUGGUCGAAACGUUUUCUUCAAUGUGGCCAACAAAGACUUCGAUAUAUCAAGAUAAAUGGCACUAGAGCUGUAAAGGGAAAAAGAAUUAAGAAUAUGAAGCCAAAAAAUUACUUAUGGAAUGCUAACUGUUGAUAAAACUGCGGAGAAAAAGAUGGUUGUGUCGAGAUACUGGUUGGAAAUCGUAAUUGCAUUUGAGAAAGCACUCGACAAGAUAACAUAUUCUCGACCUAAGAAGCAUGUAGUUAAGAGUUUUCUGUAAGAACCUAAGAUAGAGGCUAUAGUACAACCCCAAAUUCACGUUUAUUAGCUGUGUAACACAUUGCUAGAGGGAAUAAUUGAGAUGGAAGGUCUGCGUGGAAAAUUUCAGUCAAGAAGCAUGAGUUAUUUUGAGAAUCAUUUUGCUGAAAUUCUCACACAUGAAGUGUUCCAUUCCACUUGCUAAGGCCACCGGAGCUACCCUCCUAUGAAGUAGUUUUCUUGUUGUGCAAGGGCCA